AAUAAAUCAUCGACAAUUAUCCUUUAUUUAUAACCAUCAUCAUCUUCAUUGUUUUUAUACAUAAAUUUUAGUAUACUUGAAAGUUUUUUUUCGAACACAAUUUUAGUUGCUGAUUAAGAAACAAAAAAAUCAGAAUGGGAGUAAUUCGUAAUAAUUUCAACAAUUUUGAAAAUAGUGGUGCUGGUGCUGGUGCUGUUGGUGGUGGUGAUGAUGAUUGGAUCUACAUUUCAAGCGAUGGUGAAGAAUCGUUUGUUGGCCAAAAUGAUUCCAUUUCGAACCAAACGGCGGCUGGCCGUUCAAAAACACCUAAAUCAAAAAAAUCACCAACUAAACCAGAACCAACUUUUGCUGCAUUAGGAGCCAAAGGAAAAAGCCAUAAAAAAUUUAGGCGUUAUGCCAAUGCCAAUCUGCUCAAUGAUUUGGGCAAUCUGAUCAAUGAAUCCGAAUUGGAUGACGAGCUAUCCAUCGAUGAUUUUAUACCAUCAUCAUCAUCACCAUCAUCAUUCACUUUACUCAUGGAUUCAUGUACAAAUCAAUUGUUUAAUUUGAAUGAUUUUAUCAAUUGUACUGAAGAUGAACAAUCAAUGCUUCUUGAUCGGGUAAUUGAAUUUGAGCUGACCAAACUUCGGAAUAAUAAACGACAUUCAUCAAUGACAAAUGAUGAUAAACAUUUGGAUCUUGAUGAUGAUGAUGAUGAUGAUGUUGUGAAAGAAGAGGAUUCGAAUCUCUGCUUUUCAAGAAUAUCACCCACCAUACGAAAACAAUUGCUCAAGAAACAUGUUCCACUUGGCAUUUUGGCAUCGAUCGAACAAAAAGUCAUAAACCAUUUUCGUCAUCAUCCUCGAUCAUUGUAUAAGACAGCAUUACAAUGUUCAUAUCAACGAUUCUUGUUGCAUGCUUGCUGUCAAUACUUGAAUCUUAAUUGUCGAAGCUCAACCACCAAUGGAAAACGUUUGUCUUGUGUAAAUAAUGGACGAUUACAAUUUAUUCAACCAUCGAAAUUACUUUCUGAACAUUUAGACUUGAGUCAAAAAUUAUGAUGAUGACGAUUAAGAACAAAAA